GCUGUACUGUCUGGCUGGGACGGAGGGCUUCCACGCUAAGCAGGCGACUAUCCACACUAAACCCACAAAAGGCGGCUUUUUAUUUAUUUAUUUUUUAUCUGCCCAGUAUUUGGAAAUUAUUUGUAAUCGUAUUCAACAUAACUAUCCAUCAAGUUGGAGCUCAGUGGACUUUAUCCAUUGGCUGGUUUGCAUACGCUUCAGUGAGCUACUGCAGCAGCAACAGACCAAGCACGCCGCCGCUGCUGCUGUUGUGAGAAGAAGAAAACAAGCCCAGCGAGCAGUCCGCUAAAGCUGUGUGAUCAUUGACAGAGUUCAAUACACACAAGCCUCAAGUGAUAACUUGUGGGAGCUUUGUGCAGCGCACCUCGGCGCCUCUUCACGCACCGACGACUGGGUGUAUUUUUUUGUCACUGAAGUCGGGGUGUUAUAUAUGUGUUUUUUUGUAUCUGAGGCACUGUCAGGCACUUGACCAGUAGGAACAGUUUGCACAAUUUCCACCAGCUUGUCUGCAGCCCCCUCCCAACCCAGACAGUCUUCUUCCCCAGCAUGAAUGAAGUCAGUGUUGUGAGAGAGGGAUGGCUCCAAAAGAGAGGUGAAUACAUUAAAACGUGGCGGCCUCGUUACUUCAUCUUAAAGAGCGAUGGCUCCUUCAUCGGCUACAAAGAGAAGCCUGAGGUGUCCAGUGACCACAGCCUCCCACCACUCAACAACUUCUCUGUUGCAGAAUGCCAGCUGAUGAAGACAGAACGCCCCAGGCCCAACACGUUUGUCAUUCGUUGCCUGCAGUGGACCUCGGUUAUUGAGCGCACCUUCCACGUAGACAGCAAUGAGGAGAGGGAGGAAUGGAUGCGAUCGAUCCAGGCGGUGGCAAAUAGCCUGAAGAGUCAGCAGCAGGACGAGGAGCCCAUGGAGAUCAAAUUUGGCUCCCCGAGUGACAGCAGCGGCACAGAGGAGAUGGAGAUUGCUGUGUCCAAAUCCCACACAAAAGUGACCAUGAGUGAUUUUGACUACCUGAAGCUGCUGGGCAAAGGGACAUUUGGUAAAGUGAUUCUGGUGAAGGAGAAGGCCACAGGGAUGUACUACGCCAUGAAAAUCCUCCGUAAAGAAGUCAUCAUUGCCAAAGAUGAGGUGGCACACACAGUAACAGAGAGCAGAGUUCUCCAAAACACACGGCACCCCUUUCUAACGACACUAAAGUAUGCAUUUCAAACUCAUGACCGGCUGUGCUUUGUGAUGGAGUAUGCAAAUGGAGGAGAACUCUUCUUUCACUUAUCACGAGACAGAGUGUUCACAGAAGACAGAGCGCGAUUCUAUGGUGCAGAAAUAGUGUCAGCACUGGAGUACCUACACUCACGCAAUGUAGUUUACAGGGAUUUAAAGCUGGAGAACCUCAUGUUAGACAAGGACGGCCACAUAAAGAUAACAGACUUUGGGUUAUGUAAAGAGGGGAUCACAGAUGGCGCAACCAUGAAAACCUUCUGUGGAACCCCGGAGUACCUGGCACCAGAGGUGCUGGAGGACAAUGACUACGGACGAGCGGUGGACUGGUGGGGACUGGGCGUGGUCAUGUAUGAGAUGAUGUGCGGUCGGUUGCCCUUCUACAACCAGGACCACGAGCGCCUCUUUGAGCUCAUCCUCAUGGAGGAAAUCCGCUUCCCCAAGAACCUGGCUCCUGAUGCCAAGGCCCUGCUGGCCGGCCUGCUCAAAAAGGAUCCUAAACAAAGGCUCGGAGGCGGACCAGAUGAUGCCAAAGAAGUGAUGAGCCAUAAGUUCUUCACCUCCAUCAACUGGCAGGAUGUGACUGAAAAAAAGCUUAUUCCACCCUUCAAGCCCCAGGUAACAUCAGAGACGGACACUCGUUACUUCGACGAUGAAUUCACAGCACAAACCAUUACAAUAACUCCUCCAGAUAAGUAUGACAGUUUAGAUGCAGAGGAUUCAGAUCAGCGUACGCACUUCCCUCAGUUCUCCUACUCUGCCAGCAUACGGGAAUGAUCACUCAGACUCUUGGACAAGCAGGCAGGCUAACACACAAUCACAAUCCCACACACACACACUCACACUGCUGGGGAAUCGGAACGACACGAGCAAAAACUGGCACAAGACACAUUUUCAUUUGGUCUUUAACGCACACACAGACACAGAAAAGACAAGGCAAAUCAGAAAAGACACGGAUCAUAGAGAAUGCAAUGAACACACAGGCUGUGAAUGACUGACCUCAGCAGGUUUGUGUGCAUAGACUGGCAGCUUUGUCUCUGUACGUCCUCUCAGGGUUGGCUUUAGACUUCCCUGCAGGACCUCCGCUGCACUACACUGGGCACCACAUCAAAGCCUUGACACUUUGAAAACCAGGUUAUGCCAGCAAGUACCACCUCUUUACCAGCUGUACCCACGCUACACACACACAUACACACACACACCAACACAAACCAACCAACCAACCCAUGCAUUGACUGCAUAUGUAUACACAAACGUACUUGAUAGAAUUUUAAAAAAUUAUAAUCAAAUUUAGAAAAGUGGAAAAGAUUUGGGGAAAAAGACAAAUUUUUAUUUCAUCAAUUGUUGCGGUUUUAAAUGUAAAGCCAUAUUUCUGCAUUCUUUUGUGUUUUUAUUUCUUUCAUUUUUUUUAACAAGUGCUCUUUCUGGAACUUGCUGUUACAAAUCAAGUGUGGGACUGUUCCUACAGUAGGGGGAAAUGGGGAAGACGGGGAGGGCGAGGCGGGUUGCCAUUUCUGUGUUUGCACUGCAUGUGUGUAUAUGAGCGGGUGUGUGUGUGUGUGUGGGUGUGUGUGGGCAUAUGAGUGUAGGAGAAUGUAUGAACAAGCAUUUUGAUUCUCAACCAUCCAUUUGUGUCUGUUUUUAUGCAUGUUUUUAAAAACUCAGAACUAUUGCUGGAAUAUCGACGGGAGGACACUACAUGGCACACUCAAUGGCCUUUUUUUUUUGUAAAGGGAACAAGCAUGUAAUUUAUGAUUGCUUUGACCAGCUUGGCGCUAAAUUGACUCAGUCAGGAUUAGAAACUGGGAUCUCGUGCAUGGCUAAUCUUUGCUUCCAGUGCUGCAUUAAUUUAACUCAAAGCGAUGCAGCAGUCAGGCUCUUUGGAGUCCACAUUGCUGUGUCCAGAUUGACUGAUCAACCAACUAGCUGCUGGUUGGAGGUGUAAGAGUAAGUUUUCAUUAAGGCCAGUUGUGCUGUGUGUUGAAGACAGGAAUAAGAGAAGGAAAGAGAUAAAUAGAGACUGUACACUUGACCACAGUUUUUCCCCCAACCGUCUAGAGAGACCAACGUAGAUGAACGCAGCCAUUCGCUGUCCUCGGUCCAGUAAUUCUCUCUCCCUAGCUGGAAGAGUUAGGCACCAAUUUUUGUUCAUUUUCUAUUUUUUAAUAUCAGUGUAAGUGUUUAAAAUAUUUUUUAAAUAAGCCUUUGAAUGUUUCUGUAUUUAAAGAAUGAAAAAGUUCAAUCGUUGUUAAGUCUUUAUAAUGAGGCCAAAAAACUGACUGACUUGGUGGACACACUUCAGAUGAUUCCACAUCUAAUGUUUAGAGUCUUUGGUUUGUGUUUUCUUUCAUGCUGUGUCGAAGCACUUAAAUCGACAUCGUCGUAUGUCUGGAUCAGCAGGUCUGCAGGUUUACAGUCCAACUAAACGCUGCAUGAGCUGGUUGACCAACCUUCAAACCUGCACACGGGGGAACUAAUCAAAGCAUCAGCUGAUGCACUGUGUGGUUGAAAUGAAAACCUGCAUGCUUUGAGUCAUGACAGCACAUGAUUGAGAGAAGUUCUGGGCAGCAUAUUGAAAUGUGCUCAUAUUGACAGAAGCAUUUUGUAAUUCCGUAUUGCUGGAAGAGAUGCUGGUUGCUCUUUGAGCUUCACUAAAGGAACAUCAAGACCUUUUUGUUUGUCAUUGUUUUGUUUUUAUUUGUUGUUUUUUUCCCUCCUUUUUUGUCCAUUUCUCAAAUCUUGGAAGACACGUUGUCUUGUUUAAGUAUACAUUACAUAAAAUAUAUAUAUUAAAAGUU